GAAGAAAUAUUGUCACCACUUAGUGUAAAAUUAUAUAAUAUACACUGUACACAAUUAUAGGAAAGAGAUGAUACUUGGUGAAAUCUUAAUGCGUGGGCUCUUUUUUACGUAUAAUAGUUCCUGCGUGGUUUACGUGACGCUCUCCACCAGCAGUACGCGCGUAGGCGGGGUGUCCGAACCUAGUUUAUUAGCAUGAUAGGCGCGUCCUUUACGCACGUUACGCACGUCAGCCUAUCAUUUUGGAGCAUGCAGAAACAAGCCACACCCGCGCGGCAACUCGUGUAGCGCGCUCCUCAAAGCAUUGUCUUGGUAGACAAAAGUUUUAGACUUCUUUUCGUCUUGGGGUUUAGAAAGUUUCCACUGCAGGUGCACUGUGUUCACCUGCAGUGCUUAGUUGAUAAAAGGUAACUUUACAGCAACCUUAAAGGAGUUGCUGACCGACUGGUUCUUCGCAGCCCGGCUGCCAAAGUAGAGAAGUAUUUAUUGUUCACCCCGUGGGGUUUAAAGUUCUGGCUAUAUUAGCAGGUAGUUAGCUCCAAACCUUCACUAAUAGAAGUUUAGUAACAAUGUCGGCGAUGUGUCAGCAACGACGUGCCUUGGUGGAAAUUCCUGCUCCACAACCUAAAAUUGCAGCUCGAAUGAGAAGGUCUUACUUAGAAAUCCUCGGAGCUCGUUUCGCCCCUGCUCCACUUCCAAGAGGCAGCAGAAACCCAAACCCAAAGCGAGCACACUCUUUGGACCUGUCCUUCGGUGGUGUAUGGGGAGAAAGAAUCGAGGACCAGUGUGAAAAGAUGGACGAUCAUCCUACCCCACUCUCCAAACAGCAGCUUGUUCAGCUCAUCAGAUCACUCAUCUUGGUUGAACAGAGCCAAGAGCCCAAAAUGGUGGCAACAGACCUCAAGUGUCUCCAGGAAGACCUCCAGCUAAAGAAGACAAAUGUUUACAGGUCAAUCCCAUACUCAAGAUUUGGCUCCAACAGGGACGCUCACUGCUACAGAAAGGCCUAUCCUCACCUGGUGGCAUUCAAAGUUUCAUGUCAGGAGUGGGGCCAGGUUCUCCUGAGGAACAAAGAGUGGGACGCUGUGUUGGAGCACUCCCUCAUGGCGUGGCGAUACACCAGUGAUUUACCGCAGUGGGACACAGUCAGCCAUAAUGCAUUGAGAGAGCAGUGCUACAGCAUCCUGGCUGCUCACAGUCUGGCUGCGCUCCAGCACUACUGCCCAGAGCCCAGCAGAGGACAGGAACUGCUCAGGAGGUUUAAGAUGGCUCAGCUGCAAAGCCAGUUGAUAGUCCCCUGUAUUGAGGGACUGCAAAGGAUUAUGGGAUACACAGAAGAUAUUUCUAUGGAUACAAAGUGACCUGAUGAUUCUGCUCAGCAGCUGGAUUCUGAGUUGUGAAAACUGUGCCUCAUGGUUAACUCCUCCAAUGAUUGUUUUAAUUGGUCAAAAAUGCUGUUUUCUUGGCUGAUUAAUUACAGAAUCCACAACAGUAUUCUUCCAAAGGACUGGUGCUGCUAAAUGAUCUUUGUGUUUGUUUGUUUUUUGCUUUAAAUAAGAAGAUCAAGUUAAUAAUUUAUUAGUUUACUUUAUCUACUGCUUUCACACCAAUUUUCAUACAAUUUUGCAUAGGUAAAGUACUCUAUUGCUACAAGAUGGACAUCUGAAAUAUAAAAUAAUGUAGACUUUAAAACGUGUCCUUAAUGAUUCUUAUAUAAGAAAGUAAUGCUGGAUUUAAUCACAUUAGAAGAAAAGCUUAAAUGCUCUUAUUUGGCAUCUCCAUAUAAAAUAUACUCCCUUUUCAGAGUAUUAAUAUUCACUUGGUACUGGCAGGAGUUUAAAUAAAUGUGGGUGUGUGUGUGUGUAUAUAUAUAUAUAUAUAUAUACUUUUAGAGAAUAAUUUGCAUUGACAGAUGAAUUGUUAAGAAGGUUAUUGCCUCUUUUUUGCGUAUUAACUUCCAUGUUACUGUUGGAAACCCUGUAACAUGUCUGCUUUGUCUCGUCUCGUGAUUUCCUGUUGCAUCGUGUUUUUCAUGGAGUCCUUUAUUGCACUGUCAGUGUUUGUCCUGAAAACUUGAAAGUUUUGAUAAAAUUGAUUUCUAAUU